AUGCAAAACGAAAUAAUAAAGCCUGCUAAAUACUUCUCAGAAGUGGAGAAAAGUGUGCUGCUUGCAUUAGUUGAGAAAUACAAAUAUGUGCUUGAAUGUAAGAAAAGUGAUGCAAGAACUAUUGCUCUGAAGCAACGUACUUGGCAAGCACUAGCUCAUGAAUAUAAUUCCCAGCCCAGCGUAUCGCUGCGAGACUUCAAGCAGUUAAAGAAAUGCUGGGAAAAUAUCAAGGCACGGACAAAAAAGAUAAUGGCACAUGAAAGGCGGGAGAAGGUAAAAAGGAGUAUUAGUCCACUUAUAAAUACUCACAUCAUAGGGAAAGAGAAGAUUGCCAGCAUAAUGCCUGAGCAAAUGUACUUUUUGCAGAGCCCACCAGAAGAAGAUUCUGAAUAUCAGCCUGAUGCUUCUAGUCAAGAGUCAUUUGUUGUCUCAAACAGAGAACUUUGUGAUGAAGAGAAAGAGCUGGUACAUUUCCCGGUGUGUGAAGGUACCUCCCAACCUGAGCCUUCAUGUUCUGAUGUCAGAAUAGCAGCUGAUAAGAACUACAGAAGUAAAGCAUCUCAGGAAAGUGCUCUGAAAAAGAUGCAUGAGGAAGAACAUCAUCAGCAAAUGUCAAUUUUGCAGCUGCAGUUAAUCCAAAUGAAUGAAGUUCAUGUGGCAAAAAUACAACAAAUAGAAAGGGAGUGUGAGAUGGCCGAAGAGGAACACAGGAUAAAAAUGGAAGUGCUAAAUAAAAAGAAAAUGUAUUGGGAGAGAAAACUGCAGACCAUCACAAAAGAAUGGCCUGUAUCAUCCUUUAACAGACCCUUUCCUAAUUCACCGUAG